AAUCUUGAAAAUCCACUGGAUUAAAAACAUAACCUAAAUUAGUGGCUCUUGUUUUGACAGGUGUCACAUGGAAUGUAGUUUGAUGACAAAAUGAAUGGGGGAGUGAAUGGCAGUAUGGAGGAAGUAAUGGAGGUAUCACAUCCAACCUCCCCUAAGGGCAAGCAACUUACCUCUGAAGACAAUGAGCUGGACAACUGCAGUGAAACCAGCACCAGUGCCGAGGUACACAAUCAUGUGAACAUUACUGAGGAGCUAACAACUGAAGAUACAUUGACUUGCUCAACAGAAAAUGAUAGCGAAAAUAGUGAUAAAUUAUGUGAUGUAAAGAUACCAAAUACAGAAGAGGGGGAGUAUUCUCAAAGUGAGAGUCCCAUGGAAAAUCAAUGUAACAUUAGUACUGAGCCAAGUCCUGCAGCUCCAGAUACUGAGUUCACCAGAUCUGCUGAUAUAGAAAACGAUAAAUUUGAUGGUGAAAACAGUGAAACUGAGGAAUAGCAACAUUCUGAUGUGAAUUUAGAUAACAAGGAAACACAUAAUAAUAACAAAGCAGAAAAAGAGUCAUUAGAUGAAGAAGAUACUACAGCGUCGACAGAAGAU